CGUUUCCUUUGCUCCUCUUCACCUCCUACAUUACACACACACAUAGCAGCUAUGGCACAGGCAUUCAAUAAGCUCGGCGGUAUCUUCCCCAAGGGUGGCGGCAAGGGUGCUGUCGGCGGCCUCGGCGCCCUGAUCGCUCUCGGUGCUGUCGGCUACGGAGUCAAUACAGCCCUCUUCAACGUUGAUGGUGGUCACCGCGCUGUCAAGUACUCUCGUGUCUUUGGUGUCCAGAAGGAGGUCUACAAUGAAGGAACCCAUUUUGUCAUUCCUUGGUUUGAGACCCCUAUCAUCUACGAUGUUCGUGCCAAGCCCAGGAACGUUGCAUCCUUGACCGGAACCAAGGAUCUGCAGAUGGUCAACAUUACCGUCCGUGUUUUGUCCAGACCUCGUGUGAACGACUUGGCUGAGAUUUAUCGCACCUUGGGACAGGAUUACGAUGAGCGUGUUCUGCCUUCGAUCAUUAAUGAGGUUUCCAAGUCGGUUGUCGCCCAAUUUAACGCUUCUCAGCUCAUCACUCAACGUGACCGUGUCUCUCGUUUGGUCCGUGAGAAUUUGAUCAAGCGCGCAGCUCGCUUCAACAUUGUCCUCGAUGAUGUCUCUAUCGUCCAUAUGGCCUUCUCGCCAGAGUUUACUCAGGCUGUUGAGGCCAAGCAGAUUGCCCAACAAGAGGCUCAGCGUGCUGCAUUCGUUGUCGACCGCGCCAUUCAGGAGAAACAGUCGAUCAUUGUCAAGGCUGAGGGAGAGGCCCGUUCUGCCGAACUUAUCGGUGAAGCCAUCAAGAAUCAGCCUGGUUUCAUCCAGCUGAGGAAGAUUGAAGUCGCUCGCGAGAUUGCUUCUAUCAUCUCUCACUCUUCUAACCGUGUCAUGCUCGACGCUGAUACUUUGUUGUUGAACGUCAACGAACAAAAGAAGGAGGAAGCCAAGAAGUAA